AUGGCGGACGCUGCUGCCCCCACUCAGCAGCCCGAGCCCGAGCAGCCUGCAGGCGCGGAGGUCGCUACUGAGACCGAGGACGUUGCUGCUGAUGCUACUGCUGCGGCUGAGGAUGACGCCAAGCUGUCGAAGCGCGCCAAGCGCAAGCAGAAGCACCGCAUGCAGUGGGAGGAGCGCAAGGCCAGCAAGAAGCUCAAGCGCCAGGAGCAACAGCGACUCAAGAAGGCCAGUGGAGAGAUCCCGCCGCCCAAGGAGCUGGACAUGAGCGAGGAGGCCGUGCUGCGCCGCAAGGAGCGCGCGCUGGCCAAGCGGGAGGCGUUCCUCAUGGCUGCGGAGGAGGGCGUCAAGGUGGUCAUCGACUGCGAGUUCGAGGAGGAGAUGACCGAGAAGGAGAAGAAGAGCCUCUCACAGCAGAUCAUGUUCUCGUACGGCGUCAACCGACGCAGCCGCACGCCCAUGAGCGCGUACAUUACCUCUCUGCACGGUGACAUCCAGAAGAACCUGGAGAAGAUCAGUGGCUUUCACGAGUGGCAGGCGUUCACUGGAUCGCAAAAGAGCUACAUUGACCUCUUCAAGAAGGAGUCGCUCGUUUAUCUUACAGCUGACUCACCGAACACCAUCACGAAGCUGAGCCGCGACAAGGUUUACAUCAUUGGCGGCAUUGUGGAUCGCAACCGCUUGAAGGGUAUUACGUACCAGAAGGCAGUGGAGCAGGGUAUUGAGACGGCCAAGCUGCCCCUUGAUACCGUCGUCGAAAUGGGCUCUGCCACACGAGUGCUCACCGUCAACCAUGUUUUUGAGAUUUUAGCGCAGUUUUCUGAGGUGAAGGAUUGGGCACAAGCUACUCUGUCAACGCUUCCGUCGCGCAAGGGCGCGCAGUUGAAGGAAGAGUAA